UCUUGGAAAUGACCUUUCCCUUCCUUCCGAAGCUUUUUUACCAGCUGCUCCUUCCUCUCUCAUUGCCUUGCAGAGGGGAUUAAUUAAGACGAUGGAUCGAGUAGUCCCCUUUCCUAUAUAACGGGGAGCCCCGCAUUUUCAGAAACCAGCUCACACACACACUCUGUUUAUCUCUCUCUAUACGAAGAAGAAGAAGAAGAAGAAGAAGAAGGAGGAGGAGAAGAAGCAGCAGCUCAUCUUUACUGACAACGUAACAAUGCCUGCUCAGCGUGGAAGAUCCUUCUACGUCCCUCGUCACCUCCGGCAACCCGACGGCACCUCCUUCUUCCCCGCCUCUACCGCCACAUUUCCCCAUUCCGACCUCCCUUCCUUCGUGUCACCUCAUCCCCCUCUCAAUAUCCCUCCCAGAAGCAGACCCAGCCGUGCCCGUCGCGAUGGCACUACUCCCGGCCCCCGGAGGCUGCCGUAUGGCCAGAUUGCCAGCCCGGAGCAUGAUCUAAACAACCAAGAGCCGCUCGAUGAGCAAGGGGCGGCGGAUGCUGAAGGGUCUAAGAAUGGCAGCGUCCUCAUAAACCUCGAGGCGUACGAGGACGCCCCCGUGGAGGCCAGCGGUGCUGACAUUCCGGCGCCGGCGAGCUCUUUUGACGAGAUCGAUCUGUUAGAGUCUAUGAACAAGAACAUCAGCCGCUGCAAGUACGAGAAGCCCACUCCCAUACAGCGCCAUGCCAUUCCCAUCGCCCUGGCGGGGCGGGACCUGAUGGCCUGCGCUCAGACCGGGUCCGGUAAGACGGCGGCGUUCUGUCUGCCGAUCAUUUGUGGCAUUCUGAGGAACGGAGUCAGUAAUGGGAAAAAGCCUGCUUCGAGGAUUGCAUGUCCCACCGCGCUAGUGUUGUCGCCCACCCGAGAGCUGUCCUGUCAGAUACAUGACGAGGCUAAGAAGUUUGCGUAUCAGACUGGGAUAAAGAUUGGGGUUGCUUAUGGCGGUGCACCUUUUGGUCUUCAAGUUCGUAAUCUAGAAAGAGGUGUUGAUGUCUUAGUUGCUACGCCUGGGCGUUUAGUAGAUAUGGUAGAGAGAGAGAGAGUUUCACUGAGAAUGAUCAAGUACUUGGCCAUAGAUGAAGCAGAUCGAAUGUUGGAUAUGGGAUUUGAGCCUCAAAUCAGGCAGAUUGUGGAACAAAUGGAUAUGCCCCCUGCUGGUGCGAGGCAGACACUGCUAUUCAGUGCAACCUUUCCAAACGAUAUACAGAUGCUUGCAUCAGAUUUUCUUUCAAACUAUAUAUUUCUGACAGUUGGGAGAGUUGGGUCAAGCACCGAGCUGAUUGCUCAAAAGGUUGAAUUUGUCGAAGAAAAGGAUAAAAGGAGACGUCUAAAGGAUCUUCUCCAUGCCCGACAAGAAGACGGGCAUCAUGGGAAACGAGAAUUGACCUUAGUAUUUGUGGAGACGAAGAGAGGAGCAGAUGUCCUAGAGAGCUGGUUGUUUCAAAACGGCUUCUCUGCCAUAGCUAUACAUGGUGAUAAAGUUCAAGUGGAGAGGGAAAGAGCUUUGAGGUCCUUCAAAAGAGGAGCCACUCCAAUAAUGGUGGCAACUGAUGUUGCUUCUCGAGGACUUGAUAUCCCUCAUGUUGCCCACGUUGUAAACUUUGACCUUCCAAAAUGUAUCGAUGACUAUGUCCACAGAAUCGGCCGGACCGGGCGGGCUGGUAAGUCAGGCCUAGCUACUGCAUUCUUCAACAGCAAGAACGUUGCGCUAGCAAGAGCCCUCACAGAUCUGAUGAAGGAGACGAACCAGGAAGUUCCUUGUUGGCUGUCUGAGUGUGCUGAGCAAUCUUUUGAUGGCAAUAACAGUAAUGGAAUGUCGAGGAACCACAGGGGCAACAAGUUUGGUGGCCACGAUUUUAGAAGGGGUCCGAAGUUUGGGAACAAGAGAAAUACCUUUCAGAGCAAUUAUGACUACUCAACUUCAAUAGAUGAUUAUAAUCCUUCUUAUGUGAUUGACUCUAAUGGUAAUCCUGCAAAUUGUGAUUAUGAUAUUGCCACUGCACAGGAGGAGGGUGCUUUCGGUGGUCAGUCAUUUGGAAAUGGGCUAGGUUAUGGGUCGGUGGAGGUAAGUGGUUGGGACUAGGGUCGAGGAAAGAUAAAUGCUCUCACUGUUUCAGGCUUUUGUUGUUUUGAGGCUCGUGGGUGACUUGUGAGAUAUUGUCACAGUAUGUUGAUGUUUGUGGCGGGUGAUUGGUGAAAUCUGAGUAUAGAUAGGUUGAGGGGACGGAAGUAGAGUUACACUUUUAUGUCUAUUUGGAUUGGAAAUGCUUACUGUUUUCUAAACAGAAAUUUCAAUGAUGUAACCGGUCCGAUAUCUCUGUCCGAACCUAUUGAUUUUUGUUUUGAACUGUCCCUUCAUUUUUUGUAAAGUAUCUUUUUUUUUUUAAUGAAUGUUUUAAAUACAGUAUCACUAUUGUUGAUA